GGGCAACAGAAAGUAACACAAAAUUAUAGUGGUGGGAAGACAUUUCGUUUACCAAAACGUCGUUAUAUUUUACUUAAAUAUUUAUAAAUCUUUAAUUAUUUAAUCAGUUAUAAUUUUAAGAAUUAUGGAAUAUAGAAAACUAGUAACUAUGGUUGUGCUGGAGUAGCAAUAACUUAAAUGUAAAUAAAUCAAACGGUAAUGUAACUUAAGCAAUACAUAAUGAAUGAUUCUGAAGGAACUUUAGACCCACGAAUACAGAUUGAACUAGAAAAUUUAAAUACUGCAACUAAUGAUAUUAAUAAACUUGAAAUUGAUCUUGAGCUUGCUCAUAAUACUUUUAAUAGAUUGUUCGAUGAAUCAAAAAGUCAGAAGAAAGAAAUUCUUGAAAAACUAGGACAUAGUUGUAUAGAAAAAGCCAAAUGUUAUUAUGAAGCGGUUGAAACCGCUCGUCAAGCACAGAUAGAGGGCAAUUAUCAAGCACAAUUGUAUCACAAAGCUAGCGGAAUUCAUGCUGCUGCUAAAGAAACUGUAGCAGUAGCUGAACUAAGGUUUCAAUCACAUAAGCAUGAGGCGAAAUUUGAUCAAACAUGGCAGGAAAUGUUAAACCAUGCUACAAUUAAGGUAAUGAACGCAGAAAAUCAAAAAGCAGAAUGUAGUGCAGAGCUUCAAAAGAAAGCUGCAUUUCUUCAUGAAGCCAAACAAAGAGUACAAGAGCUUGAAGAAAAAUAUCGAAAAGCCAUUCGAAAAGCACGACCAUACUUUGAAGUAUCUUCUUAUUGGGAACAAACCUUAGCUUCUCAGAAAGAGAAAAUAGAAUGUUUAAAACAAGCCGUAAAAAAUGCAAAACAAACUUAUGCCACAAGCUUUCGAGCAUUAGAAGAAAUUAGUAAUGAAAUUCAUCAACAGCGAAGAGAUCUUAAUAAAAUGAUUAAUGGUCCACGCGAACCAGGUGUAGGAGCUGAAUUAACCAACCCUAUGGAACUUUUUAAUGAGAAAAAACAAAAUGAUAUGACGCUUAACAAAAUGAAUAAUUCAGAUAAUAAUAAUACUGAUACUAGUAGCAACAUUAAAAGUUGUCAGAUCAAUGUUGAAGAAAAUAUAGACAAUAUUACGAGAUCAAUCGAUGGUAGUGAAUCGACUUUAAAUCAGUGGGAAUUGGAACUCCAAGCGAGUAUGGAAAAAUUGAAUAAUUUAACGUCCUUCAAAAGUAAAUUCGAUAUUGAUCCCCAUAAGACUGAUUUUUCUAACGAACACCUACAACUGAAUUCAACGUCAUCGAAUUACAAUAAUGAGAAAGAAGAUGAUGAAUGUAAACUAAAUAGAAUCGAAAAAGACGAUGAAUUAGGUGAAAAAAUUCAUUUAAAUGAAGAAACUUUAAUCAGCAGCCAAUGUAAAUCUUCGGAGUCGACUGAUUGUAAUAUUCAUUUGCCUAAAACAUCUGAAGAAAAUACGUGUUCAAUGUCUCUUGAUAAUCGGUCUAUGAAUACUGAUUUCGAUAAAUCUGACAUGAAAACAGAAUCUCUAAAAAGCUCGAAUGAAUUAAAUAAUUGUGAGCUUGUUACACUUAAAAAUUCUAAGGAUUAUGAUAACGCAAAAAGUAAUUUUUUAUCACAACUCAAACAUUUAAGCCUGUUGAACUCAAGAGAAUCUAGAUUAAGUAGUUCACUUGACAAUAUUAACACGUCUUCAUUACAAACUUUAUCAGCCAAAGUAGCUAUUCAUACAACAUCAAACAAAUCGGAAUUUUUGAAACUGUUUAGGUUUCAAUCGCUUAAUUCACUUGAAUCGUUGAAAAAUAAAUACUACAGUUUAACUAAUUUAAUUAGUAAAAAAAAUGUUGAAUCAUUAACUGAUGAAGAAUCAAAAGCUGUUCCUAUUGCUAGCUCAAAUAAUUAACUCACUAUUGCAAAUUUAUUCAAAUGAUUAUCUGAAUAAUACAGUAAAUUUCCCAAUUAGUGACCGGAAAAUUUUACAAUGGAAUUUUUAUUCAGUCAAUAACAAAAACAUACAUAUAAUGUUUCAAAAUGUUGACUAUAAAUAAACAAUA